AUGCUCUUCACACUCUUUACCCUCCUCCCUCUCGCCCUCGGCAUGACCCUCCCCAUGCGGUCCUGCCCCGUCAGCUCGGUCAAGGUCCCCCUCAUUGCCGGUCUCGAGGUCCCCGCUGGCGAGAAGACGGUCGCUAUCGGUCUGGGCCGUGGUACCCAGAACUACACUUGCACGGCCGGCAAGUAUGUCAGUGCCGGCGCUGUAGCCAACCUCUAUGACGCUUCGUGCAUCGUCUUUCUGCUCCAGCCUGUCAUCGGCCCCGACAUGCCGAGCGACGCUCUCACCUCGUCCGCCAUCCGGCUCCUCGACUAUCCCGACCAGUCCAAGCUCCCGGUCAAAUUGGAUCACUUCUUCACUCGCACCGCGGCAGGUGGCAUCGCCCCCGUCUUCCGCGACCCGGCCACUGGUCAAGAAGUCAUCGGAGCUGUCACUACUAGGGUCGACGCCAAAGACCCCGCGACCAACGUCCCCUGGUUACGUCUGACCGGCACAUCGGGCGUCCUCGCCAAGAGCGUCUUUCGCACACACACUGUCAAGGGCCAGCCUCCUACAUCUGAGAGAGUUUGA